AUCCCAGUCUUUGCCUCGCCAUACCAGCAUCAUCACAGCGUCGCCGAAAUCAUCCUAUCGAGCCUCGUGCUGCUGGCACGCCAGAUCGGCGAUCGAUCCAGAGAGAUUCACCGCGGCGACUGGAACAAGGUCUCGAGCAACUGUUUCGAAGUCCGCGGUAAGACCCUUGGCAUCAUUGGCUAUGGGCACGUUGGCUCGCAGCUUGGCAUCAUGGCGGAGGCCCUGAGCCUCAAAGUCAUCUUCUACGACAAUGUGUCGCUGAUGCCAAUCGGGUGCGCCGAGCCCCGCGACACGCUGGAGCUGCUGCUGCGUGAGGCCGAUUUCGUUGCCGUCAACGUCUCGGCCAUCCCAGAGAACGUCAAGAUGAUGGGCCAGGCUCAGUUUGCGAUCAUGAAGAAGGGCAGCUAUGUCAUCAACACCAGCUUUGGCGACGCGAUCGACAUCAACGCCCUUGCUGAUGCAAUCAAGUCCGGUCAUAUCGGGGGUGCCUACCUUGACGUCUAUCCAGCAUCGCUGCAAAGCAGAAACAGCACAUUCCAGUGUCCGCUCCAGGGCCUCAAGAAUGUUCUGAUGACCCCUUCGAUCGCCGACAAGACCGUCGAAGCUCGCGAGCGUGUGGGAACCGAAGUUGGCAUGUUUCUGCGCAACUACCUCUAUGACGGCUCCACCGUUGGGGCCGUCAACUUCCCCAAUAUCGUGGCCAAGCCCAUACAGCCGGGCACGCGGCGGGUCCUUAACAUGCACCGCAACAUCCGAGGUGUUCUGAAUGAAAUCAGCAACAUUCUCUCCGCAUACAAUGUCGGCCGCCAGAUCCUCGACACCAAGGAUGGCAUGGGAUAUCUCCUUGUGGACGUCGCCACCGAACACGUCUCUAACGAGAUUGUCAGCCAGCUGGCCAUGUUGGCGAACAGCAUCCGAAGCCGCAUUUUGUAA